UUUCUUUAUAAUUUAGGAGAAGAAUGCGAGUUGGAAAAUGGAUCAAAAGGUGUUUGCAUUGAGGCAUUGAAAUGCCAACAGGCUUACAGAAGUAUUAAAUUAGGUAUAGGAAAGAAACCGAAACUUUGCCAAUACAAAGGAAAAGAUACAACCAUUUGUUGUGAUGAUGCAAAUGCUACGGAAAUUGUAGGAAUUAAAAGUGUACAAGCUUGUAUGAAAUGGGGUCCAAAUUUAUAUUCUCCAUCUGCUUUAAUUGUCGGUGGAGGAGGUGAACCAUCAUCGACUGCCGAGUUUCCACAUAUGGCAGCAUUGGGAUACGAAGAUACUGAAAAUAACGAGACUUAUUGGGGAUGCGGAGGAAGCUUGAUCAGCCUGAAAUUCGUUCUCACUGCAGCUCACUGUCUGAAUAGCCUACAUUUAGGUCCGGUAAAGUACGUGAGACUUGGAGAUUUGAAUUUGAGAACUACAGACGAUGAAGCCGAUCCACAAGAUUUCCUUGUUUCCAAAACGUACAAACAUCCGCUUUAUAAACGACCCGUCAAGUACCAUGAUAUAGCCUUGAUCUUAUUAGAUCGUGCAGCUGUGAUCACCAAGUAUGUACAACCAGCUUGCCUGAAUAUCAAUCUGAACACCUCAAACAAUCAUCUUGUUGCAACUGGUUGGGGUUUGCUUUCGUUCCAAGGAAAUGCAGCGGAUCAUCUUCAAAAAUUAGAUUUAUACCAAGUGAAUAACAAUGAUUGUAAGAAGGCAUAUGAAGUGAAUCGACGUGUACUUAGUGAAGGUAUACUCGAGCAAUAUCAAAUUUGCGCAGGAUAUCGCGGAAGAGACACCUGUCAAGGAGAUUCAGGAGGACCUUUACAAUCGCGAACGAACUUAAGAAACUAUUAUAUUCAUGGAGUCACGUCCUUCGGGAAAGCUUGUUUAUUAACUAACAGUCCAGGAGUCUACACUCGAGUGGCCAACUAUAUAGAUUGGAUUGAAUCCAUCGUUUGGCCAAACGCUAAAUAACAUUUCAGGCUGAAAGCUCAUAUCAUUCACCCAUAAAUAAUACACACUAAGUAGUUUUGAAAAAAAGAAGAU